AUGGGCUUCUCCACAUUGAGUAGUUAUGGCACCGUUGGCGUAGGCUGGAAGUCGUCGAGCUUGUUUGCGCCUCUGAAUGGAGCUCUUUUGUCUCACAGGCGUAGAAGCAAAUUUACUUCGCCUCGCGCUUUUGCAUCUUCAUCUGAUCCUCUUCUGGUCAAAGCCGCAAGAGGGGAAUCAGUUAACCGGCCUCCUGCAUGGAUGAUGCGUCAGGCCGGAAGGUACAUGGCAGUUUAUAGAAAGCUUGCAGAGAAAUACCCGUCCUUCAGGGAGAGGUCAGAAACGACUGAUCUCAUUGUGCAAAUUUCAUUGCAGCCUUGGGAAGCUUUUCGGCCGGAUGGAGUUAUUAUUUUCUCAGACAUACUUACUCCACUACCCGCAUUCGGUGUUCCCUUUGACAUAGAGGAGGUUCGAGGUCCCGUUAUACAGUCCCCCAUUUGUUCUGAGGAGGACCUGAAAAUGUUGCACCCGAUCGAUUUGGAUAAACUGCAGUUUGUUGGGGAGUCUCUUAGGAUAUUGCGAAAAGAGGUAGGAGAACAAGCUGCAGUUUUGGGUUUUGUUGGAGCUCCCUGGACAAUUGCUACAUAUAUAGUCGAAGGGGGUUCGACUCGAACAUACACGACAAUAAAGAGCAUGUGUCAUACGGCACCCGAUUUGCUAAGGGUUCUUCUGUCUCAUCUGACAAAGGCAAUAGCUGAGUAUGUCGUUUACCAAGUAGAGUCUGGGGCUCACUGCAUACAGAUAUUCGAUUCAUGGGGGGGCCAAUUGCCACCCGACAUGUGGGACCAGUGGUCUAAGCCUUACAUCAAUGAGAUCGUGAGAAUAGUUAAGCAGAAAUGCCCUCAAACACCACUUGUGCUAUACAUCAAUGGAAAUGGUGGGCUUCUUGAGCGGAUGAAGGGAACGGGAGUUGAUGUCAUCGGGCUCGACUGGACAGUGGAUAUGGCUGAUGGAAGGGCACGUCUUGGGAACGAUAUCAGCAUACAAGGAAAUGUGGAUCCCGCCUAUCUAUUCUCUCCUCUUCCGGCCAUAACAAAUGAAAUUAAAAGGGUUGUAAAUUGUGCGGGAACAAAGGGCCAUAUCUUAAACUUGGGCCAUGGUGUCCUUGUGGGUACUCCUGAAGAAUCUGUGGCCCAUUUCUUUGAUGUCGCCAAAAGCUUCAACUUUGAUGCUCAAACCGACAGUUAUGCAGUCGGGACACCCAAUUUAGUUGCUUGA